GCCUGGCAAUGUCGCCGCUUGCCGGCUGCGCGCUCCUCUCAUGUGGAAGGUUGUGAGGAGCGAGGGGCUCUUCGCGCAGGUUUUGCAGCGCGGGUGAGGACGCGAAGGCGGCCAGAAACGGCGGCGGGGCCCUUUCGCUCCCCCACCUGUGCCCGUAAGGAAUUGGUAGCUCCACUGGCUGCUGGGUGGGCCCAGCACCCUUUUCGCCGCGCCCACCGGCGCUCAAGUGGAAGCGCGGGAGGUUCUUUGCCUUUGGCUGUGCGGGCAGGAUGGAGAUCCUUCCGUCGUCGGCCCCCUCUCGGGUUUUUCUCUUUUGCUAACGUGGUUCCUCCUCAGUGAGAAAUACCCGCCGGUGUUUCUGCGCCGCCACUGGAUGUGGGACGCUCGGAACCCGAUCCUGUGCAGCUUUACUUGGCAGUAAGCCCCGCUGUCCUGAACGAGACUUGGGCUCAGGGAAGCGUGCUUGCGCCACUUAGCGCCUCAAGCCUAUUCGGGGAGCGUAGUCCUUCCUUAGGCUAGAAUCUUGACCACCGUAAGUUUGAAGUGGCUUCUCUGCGAUUUGGGUGCUACCCAGGUCCCGUGAAAAUUCAAGACAGUUUUCCAAGAAGGAGCGACGGAGCGUGGCGUGGACCAUUUUGCUGACUUAGGUGGGUCUGCAUUAUUUUGGUUCAAGCUGACGUUCUGUGGAUCAGCCCAGCAAUAGGAAGUUGCCCGUGAGAAGAUUUAAGAUCUGGAACCCAGGAGCAUUUGAGGAUCUGCCGCAAUCCACAAAAGAUAUAGAUGAAUUCAACUUAAAAUCUAUAAGAUCAAUGGUUGGCAUCCUAAUUUUACUCACCUGGUAGAUGAUGUUCUUCCAAGUAUGUCAAGGAUUGGAGUAACUAUAUAGCCAGUUGUUGGAAUACUUUGGGGAAAGAGGCUCCUUUAAGGCAGAUGGUGUGAGACUGCUCUUGUGGACUGGAAUCCAGAAAUACUUCUCAUUUGACAGAGACGUGACUGCUGCCAUGGAUCAGAACAACAGUUUACCGCCCUAUGCCCAGGGCUUAGCAUCACCUCAGAGUGCCAUGACUCCAGGCAUCCCUAUAUUUAGUCCCAUGAUGCCUUACGGCACAGGACUCACACCCCAACCUGUUCAAAGCACCAACAGUUUAUCUAUUCUGGAAGAGCAGCAAAGGCAGCAACAGCAGCAGGUGGCAGCACAACAGUCCACAACACAACCAACACAAGUGGCAACUGGCCAAACACCACAGUUGUUUCACUCACAGACAGUUACCACAGCUCCUUUACCAGGAACCACACCUCUCUACCCUUCUCCUAUGACGCCCAUGACCCCUAUAACUCCAGCAACACCUGCUUCUGAAAGUUCUGGAAUUGUACCACAGCUACAGAAUAUUGUGUCUACAGUAAAUCUUGGUUGCAAACUUGACUUAAAAACUAUUGCCCUUCGUGCUCGAAAUGCUGAAUACAAUCCCAAGCGGUUUGCUGCUGUGAUUAUGAGAAUAAGAGAACCACGUACCACAGCGCUCAUAUUCAGCUCUGGGAAAAUGGUGUGUACAGGAGCUAAAAGUGAGGAACAGUCCAGGCUGGCUGCCAGAAAGUAUGCUAGAGUUGUGCAGAAGUUGGGCUUUCCAGCCAAAUUCUUGGAUUUUAAGAUUCAGAAUAUGGUGGGCAGCUGUGAUGUAAAAUUCCCUAUCAGGCUUGAAGGGUUGGUUCUUACUCACCAGCAGUUUAGCAGUUAUGAGCCAGAGUUGUUUCCUGGCUUAAUAUACAGAAUGAUCAAGCCAAGAAUUGUCUUGCUCAUAUUUGUUUCUGGGAAAGUAGUUUUAACAGGUGCAAAAGUCAGAGCUGAAAUUUAUGAAGCAUUUGAAAAUAUAUAUCCUAUUUUGAAAGGAUUUAAAAAAACAACGUAACAGUUCCCUAUGCUUAUUCAGGAAGUUGGGGCACAUUUUAAAAGGUAUUGAUUAUGGCAUAGCAGUAAAAGGAGAGAGACUUGAAAACUGCAUCAUCAGGACUUGGAAUACUUUCCAGUUAGUGCCUAUUUCCCUUAUCGUCAUAGGAAGGGAAGCUCUCAUUGUGUUAUGUCUAUACUGAACUACUGUGAGUUGUUUCAUCAAGCUCUCCUUGGAGAAACUGAGUUAUUUAUAUUUUUUAGCUUUUAAACUGUUUUACUGGGUAAUCUUUUUAUAUUGAAAUCCUAUGUUGGCAAGUUGUACUGUUAUUCAACACUUAAAACCAUUUCAGUUACAGUAUUGUUUCAACCAUGGAUUUUAUAACCAGAGAUGUUAAUUCUGUCUAACUUUCUUUUCACAUUCCCUGUUUCCAGUGUUCAGCAGGACAGAAGUUUGCUAAAUAAAAACAGAUGGCUGUAAAUAGUAAUCACUUUGAGAAGCAAUCUGUAUUCUAAAUAUAAUUAAUGCUGUUUAUGAAACUUGGUAAUUGAAUCUGAAUAGUAAGACCUGUGAUCCUUCUGGUUUGCUUUUGCUGCUGUUCUAAUGUGCUAAAUGCAUGCCUGUAGCUUAAAUGUAUUCAAUUGGUUUUUAUAAGAUUUUUCUUAACAAUCCAGUAUUAAAGCAAUGUGUUUUGCCA